GACACACCAGACCCCCCCCCCCGUGGCCGAAGGCUGUGCCUGUGACGCGUCGCCUGUGCGCUUCCUGUCGAUGAAAGAUGAAGAUUUAUUUCUGCGCAAGUAUUCGCGGCGGCAGGGCCGACGCGCACCUGUACGAGCACAUCGUCAAGACGCUCGGAAAGUUCGGGAAGGUUCUGACGGAGCACGUGGGCGACAGUCGGCUCAGCCAUACAGGAGAGGAGUCGGGCGACGGAGCCAUUCACGACCGGGACUUGGACUGGCUGCGGCAAGCCGACGCCGUCGUCGCCGAGGUGACGCAACCGUCGCUGGGCGUGGGCUAUGAGCUGGGCCACGCCUACCUGAUGAAGAAGAGGACCUUGUGCCUUUUUCGACCGUCAUCCGGACGCGAGUUGUCGGCCAUGAUCCGAGGGGCGGCGGACGGCGAGCGGAUGUUGGUGACGGACUACGCCGGCCGGGACGAUGUGGACGCCAUCCUGGAGCGCUUCUUCCUGGCAAAGCCUCACUGAAUUGUCACUCGCAUUAAAAGCGGACGCCGCCACGUUCCUCCAGGCAAA